AUGGCUUCCGACGCUCCUUCUGGCGGCUCUCUUGCCGAUCGCGUCUCGAAACCGGAUGAAAUCAAACCCGCAGAGACUACAGAGCCUACCACGGAUGAUAGACAAACAGACGGUGCUGCUGGGCAGAUGGGCGGCUCGGAACUCCAUGAGCCGGAAUAUACAGUCGAGGUCAAGCUCAGUGAUCUCCAAGCCGACCCGAAUAACCCCCUCUUCUCCGUGAAGAACUUUGAAGAUCUUGGACUAGACCCCCGCAUCCUCCAGGGACUGUCCGCCAUGAACUUCCGCAAACCAUCCAAGAUCCAAGAGCGAGCUUUACCUCUGCUGAUGGGCAAUCCUGCAAAGAACCUAGUCGGUCAAUCCCAGUCAGGAACUGGAAAGACCGCUGCCUUCGUUCUGAACAUCCUCAGUCGCCUGGACCUUUCUACUGAACAGCUCCAAAAGACCCCGCAGGCCUUGAUUCUAGCUCCCACCCGAGAGCUGGCCCGUCAGAUUGUCGGCGUUAUCCAAGUCAUGGGACAGUUCCUUGAAGGGCUGGUCAUUGGGACCGCUGUUCCCGCCGAUUCAACCGCGCGCCCAAGCAGGCUAGAGUGCUCUGUUGUUGUCGGUACUCCUGGGACCGUCAUGGACAUGGUGAAGAAGCGUAUCAUGGUGGCGGCAAAGCUCAAGGUUCUGGUGUUGGAUGAAGCUGAUAACAUGCUGGACCAGCAAGGUCUGGGUGAUCAGUGCAUUCGAGUGAAAGCGCUGCUACCACGAGACAUCCAAGUUGUUCUUUUCUCCGCGACAUUUCCCACGCAUGUUCACCAAUAUGCCUCAAAAUUCGCCCCUUCGGCCAACGAGCUUACUCUGCAGCACGAGGAGUUGACCGUGGAGGGAAUCAAACAAUUGUACCUUGACUGUGCAAGCGAGGAGGAUAAGUACAGGACGCUUGUUCAGCUUUAUGGUCUUCUAACCGUCGGUUCUUCUAUCAUCUUCGUCAAGACCCGUGCCUCUGCGACAGAGAUUGAGAAACGCAUGGUCGCUGAGGGUCACACCGUUGCGUCCUUGACUGGUGGUAUCGAGGGCUCGCAGCGUGAUGCCAUCAUUGACCAAUUCCGUGCCGGCCAGGCCAAGGUCCUGAUUACCACCAACGUUCUCGCACGUGGUAUCGAUGUUUCUACAGUUUCCAUGGUCAUCAACUACGAUAUCCCCGAGCUUCACCAGCCAGCUGGCCGCGAACGACAGGCCGAUUUCCAAACAUACCUUCACCGUAUCGGUCGUACCGGGCGUUUUGGCCGUGUCGGUGUCUCCAUCUCCUUUGUUUCCAACCGGGAGGAAUGGAACAUGCUCAACCAAAUCCAGAAAUACUUCAACACAGAUAUCCAGAGGAUUGACACGAAGGACUGGGACGAGGUGGAGGACAUCAUUAAGAAGACAAUCAAGAGUUCCCGUUCCCAGGCAACCUUUGGGCGGUGA